AUGCCCCAAAGAACUGUAGACAGCGCCAAGAAUGCGGUUGUGUCUGUUAGAUGCUCACCGAAACUGUCCUCUUCUUUGCUAGCUCCACUAAGAUUCGUCAUCCGUGGAUGGCAUGAGACGAUGAAAGAUAUGGGCUUGUCCUUUAUUUGCACUCCAACUGGGCUUACCUGCAACCUCAUUUGGCAUUUGUUUCCGGCCAUCGUCAGGACACUCCGGGAUAAUUAUGCUGAACAGCCAGUUCAAUUAUUGGGCUUGGACUGCCUGUCAAUUUUGGUCAAAUCAACUGCUGGUGGAGUGGGAGAGCUGAGUGAAGGGAAGUGGAGUGGAGUAGAGGAGGCUGACGCCAACGAGAGGAACAAAGAGAAGCAAUCUGAGUUGCCUACAAAGGCAUGA